AUGGUAGGGUGUGGGUCGCCCGCUGGGGUGCGCGUCCUGCCCGUGGCAGAGGAGGGGGCCGGGGUUGCUGCUGCCCAGCUCCGAGGGGCUGGAGCCCCGGGGCCCCCCGCCGGAUACCAGCCCCCCCCCAACAGCCGCGUCUUCGCCGCUCCUCACCUGGAUGUCUACAGGGCCAGGUAUUUGGAAGGAAGGUCCCCUCCACCCAUGAGAGGCUUGUUCUGCACCUGCAUCCUUGUCUGGGGCCCUUCGCUGGUGCUGCCAGACCAGAAGGAUGAGAAUCGCAGGGACACUGACAGGACCCAUUGGGGGCUGGCAGAAGCCAACUGUGAGCAUGUCCACAAGGGUUUCUGGCACCGAAUCCAUGCAUCGGUGACAGUCCCCAACAACCAGAAGCAGGGGCAGACCUUAGGCAAAGUGGCUGUUAUCCCCCUCAGGAAGUACUCCCCGGCGGAGGCGGGCCUGGUCCCCGUGCAGGCUCUUCCUGGCUCCCCCACACUUGUCAAGAUCAGCCGCGACCUUCACGUGGCCUUCAUGUUGCCAGAUCCUGAGCCACCCAGGAUCCUGCAACUUCCUGAUUCCGAGCUUCCUUGUGCUUCGGUUUUGGAGCUGGAUGUGGGUCUGCACCACGCACCAUCUGGAACCGUCUCUGGAGAGUCGGGUUGGGAUGCAGAGGAGGCAGAAACCCGGCUCUUUACCUGGGCUGCUUCCCGAGCCCAAGGGGAGGUGUUCUCCAUUGUGGUGUUUGGCUCCAUUGUCAAUGAGGGCUACCUCAACAGCCCCACGGAGGGCGAGGAGUUCUGCAUCUACAACCGCAACCCCAGCGCCUGCAGCUACGGCGUAGCCGUGGGCGUGCUGGCCUUCCUCACCUGCCUGCUCUACCUGGCCCUGGACGUCUACUUCCCGCAGAUCAGCAGCGUGAAGGACCGCAAGAAGGCCGUGCUGUCUGACAUUGGUGUCUCGGCCUUCUGGGCCUUCCUCUGGUUUGUGGGCUUCUGCUACCUGGCCAAUCAGUGGCAGGUGUCCAAGCCCAAGGACAACCCACUGAACGAAGGGACGGACGCAGCCCGGGCCGCCAUCGCCUUCUCCUUCUUCUCCAUCUUCACCUGGGCGGGCCAGGCUGUGCUGGCCUUCCAGCGGUACCAGAUUGGCGCCGACUCGGCGCUCUUCUCCCAGGACUACAUGGACCCCAGCCAGGAUUCCAGCAUGCCUUACGCCCCCUACGCGGAGCCCAGCACCGGGCCGGACCCCGCCGGCACGGGCGGCACCUACCAGCAGCCGGCCAAUGCCUUCGACUCCGAGCCACAGGGCUACCAGUCGCAGGGCUACUGAGCCCCCUGGACCGCCUGCCCCUCCCCAAGCCCCGCCCUGCCCAUCCCUCCUGGUCACCCUGCCCAGCACCUCCUCAGCCUCCACAUUGCAGCGGGGCUGGGGCGGCCCUUGUGGGGGGCGCCCAUGUGUGUGCAAGUGUGUCUGAGGGUGUGCGCCCAGUGGGGGCCCCGAGGGCAGGCGUCAGGGCUGCAUUCAUUCAUGGUGUCCCCGCGCACUCAUUGAGCACCCACUCUGCCAGGCCCGUGCUUGGUCGGGUAGUGAAAGGGGGGUGCAGAGGUGGCCCCGUGGGUCCCAGAGGUAGGAGCGGUGGGACAGAUGGACUGGGUGGAUUGCGGGAAGUCUGGCUGCGCAGGGCUGGGACACAGGGCGAGUGUGAUGUCUGCAGCCCACCCACCCACAGCCUGUGAGUUGCAGCAGGCCUGCAGGGGGGAGGGGGGCGGAGCUGCUUCUGGUUCACAGUUGAGGAAAAGGGUGGCUGAGAGGUCAAGGGCAGUGGGGCAGCAGAGAGCCCAGAGCUGACGGUGCCAGCCCCCCCCCACUCUCCCACCACCCCCAUCAGCAUGACUUGCCUGGGAGGCCCUGGACCCUCUGCCCAGGAGACACCCCGACUCCACGACAAGCCCAGGACCUGUUGUACCCUGGCUGCACCCCACCCUUGGGGUUCACCUCCUAAGCAAGGAGCCGUCCCACAGGUAGCCCACCCAGAGCAGGCCAACCAGGCCUGCCUCUGGGCGAGCUCUCCGAGCCUUGCCCGGCCCUGGUGGUGGUGGGCAGUGUGCUGGGACUGGCCUGGCAUCCAGGAAGUGAAUGAGCGGGAGUUGCUGUCGGGUUUCUUGGUCACCCCGCAGGGGCCCGAUCCCACCCCUGGGACCUCCCAGGACACAGGAGUGAUCUGGAGCAGCCUGGGCAUAGGUCUUGCCCUCCCUGACCUUCCGGAAGGUCCAUGGGGGGUGGGGAGUCCAUGGGUGAGCUGGCACGCCAAGGACAGGGAGAGUGCUGUGCAGAGGGGGGCACGGAGCGAGGCAGCAGGGCAUCCGGAGGCUCAAGCAGGGUGGGGCUGCAGGCAGCAGUCGGGUCUGAGCAGUGGCAGGAAGGGUCCUUGCAUGACGGUGCUGCACCUCUCUUCCUGCGGGUGCAGAGGGCACGCUGGCCGACCCCCUGGGGGGCAGAGCAGAGGGAUGGUGUCCCCACCACCACCCCACAGCCCGCGCAGGACCCCACAGGCAGGUGAUCACUGCUUGCUCCAGCCACCAGGUGCCAGUCGUCCAUCUGGGGAGACCCAGGGUGUGUGGGGCCCAUCUUCCCAGAGCCUGGGGAAGAUGAAUACAGAACAGUGAGGAGGUAUUUCAAGUUGCACUGCAGGUUUACGGCUCCCAGCAAGGACCCUAGGGUGACAAGAGCAGGGAGGAGCAGCCCUGAACAGAGGGGGAAACUGAGGCAUAGAGAACAUUACUGAGCAGUGGAGCCCAGCUCAAGGGCAGCAGUGUUGGAAGAGAACCCAGCCGUCAUUGCUGACUUGCAUUUGUCACAUCUGGGGAAGGGACUCCGUCACAGUCCCCCAGGAGACAGCUUGGGGACAGGCUAUCUGCUAGGCUGAGCAGUGGGCCUGUGCCAGACAGGAGGUGAGGCCGCGGUGCUGCCAGUGUUCCUGGCACCUGAUGGUUCUGUGUAGGUCCCAGAGGGCCGGGGACAACCUAUGGAUCGUGUACUCCCUCCCUAGCCCUC